CAGACACGCAGAGCUGCUGAAUCAGUCUAGACAUCAUGGCCAGCGUGCAUGGAGGAGAGACGAUCCGAGCACAGCGGCAGCGGCUUUCUUUACUUCCCCGCGCGUGUGAAGGAUGCAAAAUACGCAAGACUCGAUGCGAUCGGUCUAAUCCUUGUUCGAAUUGUAAAGCAUCUGGUAUCACCUGCCAGCAACCUCCUGUGGAGACAGAAAGCCGUCCGAAAGUCGACCGAGUAGCUCAAUUGGAAGACUAUGUCGAGCGACUGGAAGAGCGAUUGUCCAAGGUGGAGAACCAGCUCUCCGGUCAUGGCAUCGAAUCUGAGGCUCCCAGAGCCCCGUCGGUGGCCCACACUGGCAGGACGGAAAACGAAACUCCCGUGUCACAUCUGCUCAAAGACAGUCCUGGAAGUCUAUACGAAGGCAGUUCCUCCUUUACGAACCAUUCCGUCGAAGCCAUCGAGGUUGCCCAGCGAACAGUUGGAUCCAAUAUUUCCGGAGCAGCAUCGAGUGUUGGCGCGUCUCUCAGUGACCUAGAUGCUCUGCUUCAGCCGUCUUCGGCCUUGCCGGCUCUGGAAAACCAUCAGUUCUCGUUCAAUACCGAUUCUCGCCCCCUACCAACUCUCGAGCCGUUACCUGUUGCACUUGUUCUCUCUGUUGUGCGGAGGAUGAAGGCCAACCCACCGAUAUUCUUCUCCGGGUACACAGUCAAUGACACAUCUCUCAUCGAGAAUCUCUGCCAAGCAGUCUUUUUCCCGACAGACCCGGUAUCUCUAGGCCAGCUCACCAGCAUGAACGGAAUACUGUAUUGUGUCCUGAAGGAAUAUCUCGCAACGCAGGACCCGUUGGGUAAACAGUACGAUCUCAAAGCAUUUCUCGCCAAGUGCGAUCGCAACUUCAAUCUUGGUAUCGAAACGUAUGAUGUUCUGGCUGUGCCUACUUUCGACAACGUGCUGGCAUUGACAUUGGGGGUAAUCAAGGCGCAGAGUGAGUGCAAGCCUCAACUAUGCUGCACUCUCAUUGCAACAGCAGCCAGCCAUUGUCAAAUGCUAGGAUACCAUCGCGAGAUGACGUAUCGCAGCGACACACGCCGAAUCGCUGAGCAAAAGCAUCGCAUCUUCUGGUCUUUGUACAUAUUCGACAAGAAUAUGUUCUUGCUUCUAGGUCGCGCCUCUAAUAUCCAAGACUCUGAGAUUGAUGUACAGUACCCAUCUCUAUCGACAGAUCCUGGUCAGCUGCCGUGGGAUAGAUGGUAUCUGAUGGCUAUCCUGCUAGCCAAAGAACAAGGCCGAAUUUACGAAACGCAAUACUCGGCUGCAGCGUUGAAAACAUCCACUGCAACCCGGGAACAUCAUAUCAACGAACUGAGCGUCGCCCUGCAGCAGUGGCGCACCAACUUGGAGCAGAUUGAUCCUAGUCGGGUCAAGCACCCCGAAAUAUUUGCACUGUCUAGGCACCAUUGGGACAUAAUGUACUACUCCACGUUGACAUCUCUGUUACGAGCGUCGACGACUUCUGGGGUAGGAGCAGAAAUCAGCUCCGCCUGUUUUCAAGCCGCGCGCUCGAGCUUGCAAAGCCAUCUUCGUUGCUUUUCCGGCUAUCAAAUGAUCGAGAUAGUCUCAGACAAAGAUUUUGCCGAUUGGGUCCUUCACAAUUCUUCCUUCAACCCAUUUCUUGUGAUUUUCCUCCAUGCCAUUGCAGCAACCAGCCUGGAAGAUGUGCAACUACUAGACGAGGUCGUCGAAACCCUUCGGAAAGUUAGGGGAGCGUCGAGCAGCUCCGAACGGCUCUAUCUAAUCUGCGCUACCUUUGCGCGGAUAGCGGGACGGAUGGUGGAGGAACAAAGCUCUUGCAUUCCGAUUAUCUGGCCCGAGUCACUGCAGGACUUUCCGGAGAUGGACACGUCGGCUGAUCAAUUCUCCGACUGGGGCGUUCCCGACAUGGCUGGAAUUUUAACAAGUUGGGCCGAAGGACAGCCAUCUGCCUUUGGUAUGUAUGGGACAAAUAUGAGAGGGGGCCAGCCGGAAUAG